UCCAUUUGAUUUUUUUGUUUGUUUUUUUUCGCCUUUUAAUCAAGAGUAAGUACCUACAAAGUGCAGCUUCUACUUGACAGCGGGAUGGAAAAUAACAAUGCAAUGGGUAACGGCAGAAUACACCAGGAAGAGUCAGGAACUCCAAGUGGACCGCGCUUUCGAAGAGACAGAUCGAAAAAGAAUCCGUUGGAAAUCCGGCCCGUCGAGAAAUACAAUUGGCUCAUGUAUCGAUUUUACACGCGGCUCGAGUUCGAUAAGUGCAACAUGCUGAUCGAAAGCGAGCUGAAAGAGUGGGGUGGACUAACCGAGUACCCAAACUAUUUGAAGGGCUGGAUUUUACGGAGAGAAGGAAAAAUACAAGAUUCACUGGACAGUUUUCAAAAGGCGCACUGGGUCAAUCCAAAGAAUGUGAACAACGCCAAACAGAUAGCCAAAUCAUUAUUUCUCCUGGGUGACCAUAAAAAGGCGAUCGACGUCUAUCUGGAGGCCGAAAAAAUGUGCAAAACGCCCGACUGGGAGAUCCACCACUACUUGGGGGAGUGCUACACCAAGAUAAAACGCCUCGAGGACGCUAAGGCUCAGUUGAUAAGGUCCAAGGAGCUGACGCGUCUACGGCUGCCGUACGUCGCUCUCGCCAAAAUUUACGUCGCGGAAGGACGCAUCAACGACGCCAUAGUCGUUUACGAGGAAGCUUUCGAGGCAGAGCCCGAAAACGAGGAGAUAGCGACGGAACUGGGCCAAUUGUACCUGGGAUUAGGCGACACCAAGCGUGCCCUCCAGCAAUUUGGCAUGGCUCUCGCUCGCUCGCCCAAUUAUUCCAAGGCCAUUCUCCCUCUGGCUUACGUCGUACAGACCAACGGGGAGUACGACGUGGCCUUUUCCAAGUACAAGAUAGCCGCUGCAACGAUGCAAGAGUCAUGGACAGUGUGGAACAACAUCGGCAUGUGCCUCUUUGGAAAGCAAAAGUACAUUUCCGCCAUAACUUGCCUAAAGCGUGCCCACUACCUGAAUCCUCUGGCUCUACCGGCGGCUUGCAACUUGGGCAUUGUCUUCUUGACAACGGGCCAGCCAGCUUCCGCGGCCAUAUACCUGUGCGGUGCCGUCAGCGCCGACCCCGACAACGCCAUGCCUUACCUGCUGCUGGGCCUGGCGCUGAAGAGGCUGAGCGACCUCGAGGGGGCUGAAAAGGCCCUUGAAAAGGCGUACUCGCUGGGUCCGCAGGAGCCCCACGUGCUCGUCAAUUACGCGGUCGUGCUGGACGCCCAGGGCAAGCCUGGACGCGCCCUCGAGAUACUACACGUACUGAACGACGUGACCGCCCUCGUCGAGAUCAACGCUCAGGUGUCGAAAACGGCCAAGCUGCUGGCGGACAAACUCAAGAUAAGCACCGACGAAGAACAGAGGAUUCUGGCCGACAACGAAGUGUAAAAAAUGAUGAGCUCUACCCCCG